GAGGAGGGCCAAGAGACAGAGGUCAAGAGGAGGGAGCUUUGUGGGGUGGGGAAACAGAGGGAGGAUGAAAGCCAAGAGGAGGUUUCCCCAGGGCCAGGGAGAAGGGCAGGGGGUCCUCAGUGACCCCUCAACUCCAGACCCAGCCAGCUCCUCCUCACUGCACUCUCCCGCCCUGUCCAGGCUCCAAAGAAGAGGCACUGAGGCCCAGAGAGGCUCACGCACACGGGUUCGACACUGCACCACCGAUCGACGCCCCCAAAAGGAGCCCAGUGAUGCUGCGCAGGCUGUGAACAGGGAAGGCGGCGCUGUGGGGGCUGCCGGCAGCCGGGGCUGGGGAGAGACAUGUGGACACGUGGCCUCUAUGGCUCCCGCCUGCCAAAUCCUCCGCUGGGCCCUCGCCCUGGGGCUGGGCCUCGCGUUCGAGGUCACACAUGCCUUCCGGUCUCAAGAUGAGUUCCUGUCCAGUCUGGAGAGCUAUGAGAUUGCCUUCCCCACCCGAGUGGACCACAACGGGGCUCUGCUGGCCUUCUCGCCCCCAACCACCCGGAGGCAGCGUCGGGGCACGGGGCCCCUAACAGAGUCCCGCCUCUUCUACAAGGUGGCCGCCCCCAGCACCCACUUCCUGCUGAACCUGACCCGCAACCCCCGCCUCGUGGCAGGGCACGUCUCCGUGGAAUACUGGACUCGAGAGGGCCUGGCCUGGCAGAGGGCUGCCCGGCCCCACUGCCUCUAUGCCGGCCACCUGCAGGGCCAGCCCAGCACCUCCCACGUGGCCAUCAGCACGUGUGGGGGCCUGCAUGGCCUGAUUGUGGCAGAUGAGGAAGAAUACUUGAUCGAGCCCCUGCAAGGUGGACCCAAGGGGCACCGCGCCCCAGAGGAGAGUGGCCCCCACGUGGUGUACAAGCGUUCCUCCCUGCGUCACCCCCACCUGGACACAGCCUGUGGAGUGAGAGAUGAGAAACCAUGGAAGGGGCGGCCGUGGUGGUUGCGCACUCUGAAACCACCCCCUGCCCGGCCCCUCGGGAAUGAAACGGAGCGUGGCCAGCCCGGCCUGAAGCGCUCGGUCAGCCGGGAGCGCUAUGUGGAGACCCUGGUGGUGGCCGACAAGAUGAUGGUGGCCUACCACGGGCGCCGAGACGUGGAACAGUACGUGCUGGCCAUCAUGAACAUUGUUGCCAAACUUUUCCAGGACUCAAGUCUGGGAAACAUCGUUAAUAUCCUGGUAACACGCCUCAUCCUGCUCACGGAGGACCAGCCCACCCUGGAGAUCACCCACCACGCCGGGAAGUCCCUGGACAGCUUCUGUAAGUGGCAGAAAUCCAUCGUGAACCACAGUGGCCAUGGCAACGCCAUUCCUGAAAACGGCGUGGCCAACCAUGACACAGCGGUGCUCAUCACGCGCUAUGACAUCUGCAUCUACAAGAACAAACCCUGCGGCACACUAGGCCUGGCCCCCGUGGGCGGGAUGUGCGAGCGAGAGCGAAGUUGCAGCAUCAACGAGGACAUCGGCCUGGCCACGGCGUUCACCAUCGCCCACGAGAUCGGACACACGUUUGGCAUGAACCAUGAUGGCGUGGGGAACAGCUGCGGGGCCCGUGGCCAGGACCCGGCGAAGCUCAUGGCUGCGCACAUCACCAUGAAGACCAACCCAUUUGUGUGGUCCUCUUGCAGCCGUGACUACAUCACCAGUUUUCUGGACUCAGGCCUGGGGCUCUGCCUGAACAAUCGGCCCCCCAGACAGGACUUCGUGUACCCAACGGUGGCCCCUGGCCAGGCCUACGACGCAGACGAACAGUGCCGCUUCCAGCAUGGAGUCAAAUCGCGUCAGUGUAAAUACGGGGAGGUCUGCAGCGAGUUGUGGUGUCUGAGCAAGAGCAACCGGUGCAUCACCAACAGCAUCCCGGCCGCGGAAGGCACGCUGUGCCAGACACACACCAUCGACAAGGGGUGGUGCUACAAGCGUGUCUGCGUCCCCUUCGGAUCGCGGCCGGAGGGCGUGGACGGGGCCUGGGGCCCGUGGACUCCGUGGGGCGACUGCAGCCGGACGUGCGGCGGCGGCGUGUCCUCCUCCAGCCGUCACUGCGACAGCCCCAGGCCGACGAUCGGGGGCAAGUACUGCCUGGGCGAGAGACGGCGGCACCGCUCCUGCAACACCGACGACUGUCCCCCAGGCUCCCAGGACUUCAGGGAAAUGCAGUGCUCUGAAUUUGACAGCGUUCCCUUCCGUGGGAAAUUCUACACUUGGAAGACGUACCGAGGAGGGGGCGUGAAGGCCUGCUCGCUCACGUGCCUAGCCGAAGGCUUCAACUUCUACACGGAGAGGGCGGCGGCUGUAGUGGACGGAACGCCCUGCCGCCCAGACACAGUGGACAUUUGUGUCAGCGGCGAGUGCAAGCACGUGGGCUGUGACCGCGUCCUGGGCUCUGAUCUCCGGGAGGACAAGUGCCGAGUGUGCGGGGGUGACGGCAGCGCCUGUGAAACCAUCGAGGGGGUCUUCAGCUCAGCCUUGCUUGGGGCUGGAUACGAGGAAGUCGUCUGGAUCCCCAAAGGCUCUGUCCACAUUUUCAUCCAGGACCUGAACCUCUCCGUCAGUCACGUGGCCCUGAAGGGGGACCAGGAGUCCCUGCUGCUGGAGGGGCUGCCUGGGACCCCCCAGCCCCACCGCCUGCCUCUGGCUGGGACCACCUUUCAGCUGCGACAAGGGCCAGAUCAGACACAGAGCCUCGAAGCCCUGGGACCCAUUAACACAUCUCUCAUCAUCAUGGUGUUGGCCCGAACAGAGCUGCCUGCCCUCCGCUACCGUUUCAACGCGCCCAUUGCCCGAGAUGCCCUGCCCCCCUACUCCUGGCACUACGUGCCCUGGACGAAGUGCUCAGCCCAGUGUGCAGGCGGCAGCCAGGUGCAGGCCGUGGAGUGCCGCAGUCAGCUGGACAGCUCAGCCGUGGCCCCCCACCACUGCAGUGCCCACAGCAAGCUGCCCAGGAGGCAGCGUGCCUGCAACACGGAGCCUUGCCCACCAGACUGGGUUGUAGGGAACUGGUCGCGCUGCAGCCGCAGCUGUGAUGCGGGUGUGCGCAGUCGCUCUGUCGUGUGCCAGCGCCGCGUGUCGGCCGCCGAGGAGAAGGCGCUGGACGACAGCGCGUGUCCGCAACCGCGCGGCUUUGGGCAGCAACAGCGCCCCGUGCGCUGCUCCAGCCACACGGGCCAGCCAUCACGCGAGUGCGCCGAGGCUCUACGGCCACCCGCCACGCAGCAGUGCGAGGCCAGGUGCGACAGCGCGCCUCCUGGGGACGGCCUGGAAGAGUGCAAGGAUGUGAACAAGGUCGCCUACUGCCCCCUGGUGCUGAAAUUUCAGUUCUGCAGCCGAGCCUACUUCCGCCAGAUGUGCUGCAAAACCUGCCAGGGCCGCUAGGGGGCGCGCGGCCUUCGGAGCUACAGUUGAGCGCCAGCUGGGAGUGGGGGGACCAGCCUGCAGCUGGCCAGCCCGAAGGAGCCCGAGGGGGCGGGAGCUGGGAGUGAAGGGUGAGAUAGAGCCGGAGGUUAUUUAUUGGGAACCCCUGCAGGGCCCCCGGUGGGGGUUGGAGAGGGGCUGGCCAUGCCCAGGGCCACUCCUCUGUCCCUCUCCCAGUUCAUAGUGAGACCUCCCUCCUGGGUGGGUUUGAGGUGGGAACAACUGUUCACCCUAGCGCCCUUUCCACCCAUCCUUAGCGAGUACCCAACACUACCCCCGCCUUUGAUCGGAAUACGUACUGUGAAGAGUGGGGGUGGGAAGGGGGUCAGCCAUUGCCCUGGCCCCACCAGCACUGCCCUACCCCUCCACUUUGAGCGGGGGGGGGGUCUCUGUCCGCUAUGGGGGAGGGGAUUAGCACCACCUCCCUGACUCCCUCCCCCUGACCAGACCAGCUACAGGGGUGACGAAGAGCUGGUUAGAUCUGCCCCAGGGGGACCCCAUCUUCCAGGCCUACCCCCAUCAUGGUGCUACAGGCCCUGCCCUGGGGCCCAAACACCCCUCGCCAGGAAGCCCUACAUCAAUAAAGUUCUGUCUUGUGUAGA